AUGAAAAGGAAAAGAUUAAUUUCAGAUGAUGAAGAAAAUGAUACUUUUAUAAACAAUAGUGAUUAUGAUAGUGAUAAUAAGGAUGAACCUGAUAAGCAGGAAAGAAUAAUUGAUCAAUCACUUGAUAAAGGUAAUGAGAUUACAGAUACCGUGGCCGAUACUGUAGUCGACACUAUGGUCGAUACAAAUUACAACGACCUGAUCGAAAAAGAAAUAGAGUCACCUCAACUCGAAAGUCAUGAAAAUGUUGAUGCUCAAGAUGAAAUAAAUAAUGAAAGUUCAGAUGAUCAAAUUUUUGAUAAAAGCGAUUUCAAUAAUAUUAAAAAUACACCAGAAGGAAGUCCAGAUCCAGAAAUUCAAAUAUCUCAAUCAAAACCAAGAUUAGUUAUAAAUAAAUUAGUUUUAACGAAUUUUAAAUCAUACGCAGGAGAACAAAUAAUUGGACCAUUUCAUACUUCAUUUUCUUCGGUAGUUGGACCAAAUGGUAGUGGUAAAUCUAAUGUUAUUGAUUCAAUGUUAUUUGUAUUUGGAUUUAAAGCCAAUAAAAUGAGACAAGGUAAAAUUUCAGACCUUAUACAUAAUUCAGGUGGUGAAAGAGCUGAAUUUUGUCAGGUGGAUAUUCAUUUUGAAAUGAUAUAUGAUGAUUCUGGAUUAGUUGUUGAGAAUUUUGAAUUAAUAAUCUCAAGAAGGGCCACCAUGAAUAAUCAAUCACAAUAUUAUAUAAACAGAAAAAAAAGUAAUUAUACUGAAGUUACUACAUUAUUAAAGAGGCAAGGCAUAGAUUUAGAUCAUAAAAGAUUUUUAAUUUUACAAGGUGAGGUUGAGUCCAUCGCACAAAUGAAAGCUAAAGCAGAGAAAGAAGGUGAAGAUGGACUUUUGGAAUAUUUAGAAGAUAUAAUUGGAACGUCAAAGUACAAGCAAUUGAUAGAAGAUAGUAUGGCUCGAAUAGAGGAAUUAAACACUGUGUGUCAGGAAAAAGCCGAUAGGUUUAGUUUGGUUGAAAAAGAUAAAGAAUCAUUAGAUGAGAAAAAAGUUGAAGCUCUUAGAUUUUUAGAAUUGGAGAAAAAAUUGAAUUAUCAUACAAGUAUUCAAUAUCAGUAUAAUAUAAAUCAAUUUGAAAAUAAGAUUGAGGAGAGACAAAAAGAAGCUGAUGAACUUGAACAGCAAUUGGAGGAAAAGAAAUCUGCAAAUGGCGAGGUCUUGAAAUCGAUUGAAAUAGAGACUAAUAAACAAUCUGAAAUUAAAAAAGUUAUCAAAACCCUUUCAAAUGAGUUAGAUAGGUUAAUCAAACAAAGGAAAGAAUUGAGUAAAAAGAAUGUAUCAUUAGAAGAAAAAUCAAAAAAUUUCGAAAAUAAAUUGAAAAAAGCUCAAAAGGCUAUUAGUUCGUCGACACAUUUAUUAAAUGCAUCCAAUCAAAGCUUAUCAACCUAUUCUAACUCAUCUAUACAAUACAAAUCAGAAAUUGAAAAAUUGAACUCAUCAUUAGAGGUCGAAGAGAAUUCAUUACAAUUCAUUAGAGGAAGAUUGACUGAAAGAACAAAAGAUUAUACCCAAAAAAUUGAGGAUUUACAGAAACAACUAGAACCCUGGACAACAAAAUUAAAACAAAAUGAAAAUGAAAUUGAAUUAAUUAUAUCAAAUAUUAAAAUUUUGGAGUCCCAAAAAAACAGUAUUCACACUCAACUUGAAGAAAAUAAGCAAAAACUAAUGGCAAUUAAACAAGAGGGGAAAGGGAAAGAGGCAGAAUUACAAGAAAAAGAGCAAACAUUAUUAGCAAUUGAAGAACAAAUUUCGUUAGGUGAAGAUCAAACAGAUUCAAGAAAACAACGACUAGAGAAGAUGAAAAGUCAAAUUAAUAGAGCGAAAAACAAAUAUCAUGAUACGUCACAAAUAUUUCAAAAUAGACAAAAUCAAAAUAAUGUUUUGACAGCUUUGACUAAACUAGGCAAAUCUGGUAGAAUCGAUGGAUUUUAUGGAAAAUUGGGUGAUCUUGGUAGUAUUGAUGAUAAGUACGAUGUAGCCGUUUCAACCGCUGUCCCAGGUUUAGAUUCCAUGGUUGUUGAAACAGUUGAAACAGCACAAGCAUGUAUUGAUUAUUUACGUAAGAAUAGACUUGGGUAUGCUAAUUUCAUAUGUUUGAACAAAUUGAGAAAUUAUGAUCUUUCCCCUAUCAGUAUACCAGGAGAUCCAUCCAAAAUUAAAAGAUUAUUUGAUUUAAUAAAUCCAAUAAAUCCCAAAUUUGCCCCAGCUUUUUAUAGUAAAAUGUUUAAUACUUUAGUUGCUCCAGAUUUAAACGAAGCUAAGAAAGUAGCUUAUGGUGCAAGAAGAUGCAAAUGUGUAACAUUAGAUGGUAAAGUUAUUGAUGUUGCUGGUACAAUGUCAGGUGGAGGUGGUCAAGUUAUGAGAGGAGCUUUGCGUUUAAUUUCUGCGCAAACGAAUGAACCAGAUAUUGAUGAAGAAGAGUUGGAACAAGCACGUAACGAUAUACAAGGAAUGGAAUCUGAAUUCAAAAAGGAACAAAAUGAAUAUGAAGAAGAUAUGAUAAAAUUAUCAAAAGUUAAAGCAGUUGAACCUGAAACAAGAUUGGAAGUAGAUAAGUUGAAGAUGGAUAUAGCUGGUCUAGCAUCUGAAAUGAAAGAAGUCACUCAAAUCUGUAAAAAUUUGGUUAUUGAACAAAGAGAGAUGGAGCUGAAUAAUCCAUUUGAAGAACAAAUUGAGACUAAAACAAAAGAACUUCAGAAAUUGGAAAAAAUUAGAGAUAAAAUAAAGCAAGAAAUGAUUGAAACUGAAAAUGAAAUAUCUAGUUUAGAGAAGAAAAUUAUGGAAGCAGGUGGAACUGAUUUAAAAAUUCAAAGUUCAAAAGUUGACUCCAUUAAGAAACAAAUUUCGAUAGUUAAUGAGAAGACAAGUGGAGACAGAAUGGCAGUUAAGAAAUUGGAAAGUGAUAUAAAAAGACAUACAAAGGCAUUAGAAGAUGCAAAGAAUGAACAAGUCACAAUUGAACAAGACUAUGAUACAAUUAAAGAACAAAAAUUGGAGCUAGAAAAAAAAAUCAAAGAAUUUGAAAAAGAGAUAAAUGAAGUUGAAAUCAAAAAGAGAGAUCAAGAUGAAGAACUAGAAGUCACUAGAGUUGCAAUCGAAGAAAAAGAAGAAGAGUUAGCAGGAUUUAAACUGUUUGAAGUAGAAAUUACAAAUAAGUUGGAAAAAGUAACACAUAGUUUAAAAAAGCUUCAUCAUUUAAUUGAAGAAAAUCAACUGCAAUUAGAUUCCAUAGAAAUUAGAGAUCCUGAACCAUAUAUCUACUGGUUAGAUGAACAAGAGCAAAUGAAGUAUAAAUCCAAUGCAUUGGAGAAACUAAGUGAGGAAGAAUUACAAGAUUUUGAUCUAGAAGCAGUUGCUGCUGAAAUUGAAGAAUUGAAUAAAUAUAUGUCAACGGUGAAAGUAGAUGUUGAAAUUUUAAAAGAAUACGGAACUAAAAUAUCUGAAUAUAAUGAUAGAAAAUCUGAUCUCAAUAGAGCAAUUGAAGAAAGAGAUGAAAAGAGAGAUUAUUGUGAAGAUUUGAAAAGAAAAAGAUUGGAUGAAUUUAUGGAAGGUUUCAGUAAAAUCUCCAUGACAUUAAAGGAUAUGUAUCGAAUGAUAACUAUGGGUGGUAAUGCCGAAUUAGAAUUAGUUGAUAGUUUAGAUCCAUUUUCGGAAGGUAUAUUAUUUAGUGUCAUGCCACCAAAGAAAUCAUGGAAAAACAUUUCAAAUUUAUCAGGUGGUGAAAAAACUUUAAGUUCAUUGGCAUUAGUUUUUGCUUUACAUCUGUACAAACCGACUCCCUUAUAUGUUAUGGAUGAGAUUGAUGCUGCUUUAGAUUUUAGAAAUGUGUCAAUUGUUGCAAAUUAUAUAAAGGAAAGAACUAAGAAUGCUCAAUUUGUAGUAAUUUCAUUGAGAAAUAAUAUGUUUGAAUUAGCUGCUAAAUUAGUGGGUAUCUAUAAGGUUGAUAAUAAAACUAAAAGUACAUGUAUAAUGAAUAUAUAG